AUGCCUGACAGCGAAGACGACUCUGCCUUCACCGUCAUAUCCUUGCCGGUCUACAAUCCUGACCCACCCGCAGCAAGUUACGGAAAGAAGAACGGCAUGUGGUAUGGCGGUACGAGUACAGCCAACAACGGCUGGUCUCGUGCUGGCACUCGCAAACAAUCCGUAGCAGAGUCCGAUGCCCCACCGCCAGGGGGCGGCAAGCCUUCCAGUGGACGGGUCAUCCGGAUCAUUAAUAAUAUGGACCACUCCAUACAGUGUCGAGUACUUUUGAAUCUGAGGACGACUCAACCCUUUGAAGAGGUACUCGAAGAUUUGGGACAAGUGUUAAAAAUGAGUGGGGCUAAAAGAAUGUACACGGUGAAUGGACAAGAGGUACGAAGUUUCUCGCAAUUACGAAAUGAAUUUGCUGAGGUCGAGACGUUUUACUUAGGCACUCUUAUUGUGCCGCCAUCUUUGAGUCCAGGUGUUGCAGCUCUACCUAUAGAAUCACCCAUCAGGAGAUCACGUUCAAGAGCCAACGUAGCAGCACUGCCAAUUUCAGAAGAUACUCGUGGAAGACGAGCUCGCAGUAAGAGUAGACCAAGAAUACUGUAUGCACCUGAAGGAGAAAUUAUACGCAAUACCGAUUACACUCUUUUGGAAGUUUUAAAGGAGGAGCCAAUUCGGGUCACGAUACGUGGGCUUCGACGAACAUUCUACCCGCCCAUUCACCACCCACCGAUUGACAAUUCACCCCCGGACAAGAAAUUACAACUCGAUUGGGUAUACGGAUACCGAGGUGCCGAUUCCAGAAAAAAUCUUUGGGUUCUACCCACUGGGGAACUGUUAUACUAUGUCGCAGCUAUUGCAGUAAUGUAUGACAGGGACGAAGAAUCCCAAAGGCAUUAUAUGGGACACACAGAAGAUAUUCAAUGUAUGGAAUUACACCCAUCUCGAGAGCUCGUAGCUAGCGGCCAACGUGCAGGGCGUGGUCGUCGUGCACAAGCUCAUGUGCGAAUAUGGAGUACUGACACCUUACAGACUUUACACGUCUUUGGGAUGGCGGAGUUUGAAGCUGGCGUGUCUGCGGUGGCUUUUUCUCAGCUGAAUGGAGGAAGCUACGUCAUGGCUGUAGACAGUGGUCGCGAGAGUAUUCUUUCCGUGUGGCAGUGGCAAUGGGGACAUCUUCUUGGGAAAGUUGCUACGCUGCAAGAAGAACUCACGGGGGCAGCUUUUCAUCCCCUGGAUGACAAUUUGCUAAUCACACACGGUAAAGGUCAUCUUGCGUUUUGGAAUCGACGUAAAGAUGGAUUCUUCGAACGGACGGACAUUAUCAAACCUCCUUCAAGAACUCACGUGACAGCCCUUCAAUUCGAACAAGAUGGCGAUGUUGUGACGGCCGAUAGUGAUGGGUUUAUCACAAUUUAUAGCGUCGAUAGUGAUGGGGCUUACUUCGUUCGAAUGGAGUUUGAGGCACAUAUAAAAGGCAUCAGCUCGUUAGUAAUGCUCUCUGAAGGUACUCUCAUUUCGGGAGGUGAAAGAGAUAGAAAGAUCGCAGCCUGGGACUCCCUGCAGAAUUACAAGAGGAUAACGGAAACAAAGCUUCCAGACACAGCGGGUGGGGUUCGAAGUAUCUACCCACAGCGACCUGGCAGAAAUGAUGGCAACCUGUAUGUAGGGACAACUAGGAACAAUAUUAUGGAAGGGUCUUUACAACGGAGGUUUAAUCAAAUAGUCUUCGGGCAUCACAAGCAGCUAAUGGGUGUAGCAGUUCACCCUGAUGACGAAAUGUUCGCUACGGCGGGGAAUGACAAGAGCAUAGCACUGUGGAAAGGGCACAAACUUGUAUUUGCUACCCAGGUGGGUUACGAAUGCGUUUCCUUAACCUGGCACUCGGGAGGCGGAGCUCUCGCAGCUGGAAGCACUGAGGGUCACCUAAUUGUAUUGAAUGCGGAUGCAGGUGCACCAGUGUGUACUGUCAGAGUCUGUGGAUCUCCACUCAACUGUUUACAGUAUAAUACAGCUGGCGAUGUAUUAGCAAUAGGCUCUCAAAACGGCAGUAUCUACUUGUUCCGAGUGUCCCGAGAUGGCUUUUCUUAUAAAAAGUGGAAUAAAAUUCGCGGAGCACAACCAUUAGUUCACCUCGACUGGAGUCUUGACGGGAACUACUUACAAACUGUUACAGCUGAUUAUGAUUUAGCUUUUUGGGACAUAAAAGCCUUAUCACCAGAAAAGAGUCCAAUGGCCAUGAAAGAUGUCAAGUGGUCGACUUAUAAUUCAACUGUUGGCUUCCUAGUAUCAGGAAUGUGGAACAAUCGUUUCUACCCGAUGACGUCAUUAAUAACUGCUUCGAGCAGAUCCUCUGCUCACGAUCUUCUUAUAAGCGGGGACUCUGAUGGAUAUCUACGUUUGUUCAGAUACCCUUGUGCUAGUGCAAAGGCGGAGUACAAUGAAGUCAAAGUGUAUUCAGGGGCUGUCCUUUCCUCUCGCUUUAUGUUCAACGACCGUUGUUUAGUGUCCUCUGGUGGGACCGAGGCUGCUUUGAUGUUAUGGGAGCUGGUGGAAGACUAG